UGGAAAUAAUGCUACAAGAUAUCGAACAAGAAGUUGGUAUGUGUGUUUCUCAUUCAACUCCACUUCAUACACCAGCAAGUAGUAAACAUCAAUGUACAUCUAGAACAAUUUGUGUUUCUAACCAGUUGGACUCUGAUUUAGAUGGAAUUCUGCCUCUAGAAAAUGAAUCUAAUCAGRACAUGUUAUUAAAGCCAUUAAAAUUAAACAGAAAAGGAAAACUUACCCCAAACUGUAAAAAAUUAUAUAAAGAAGCCAUGAAGUUGAAACGAAAAGCCGAGCGUUUACAAAAACAAAAUAAAAGUGCUAAAUGUCAACUAAAUUUAGUGAAUCGAUUUGCAAAUAGUAAUUUUACAUCUCGAAUAAUGGAUAAAGUUAAUACAAGCACUUUUAAUUUCAUUAUGAGUCAGAUGAAAACUCAAAAAAAGAAACCGCAAGGUAGACGAUAUAGUAUAGAUGACAAAAUUAUGRCCCUUUCAAUGUUCAAAAAUUCYCCUAAAGGUUACAAAUUUUUAUCGACAGUAUUUGCUUUGCCUUCAAAAAAAACACUUUAUAACCUUUUACAGAAAGUCCCAUUCAAUACUGGAAUAAAUGACCAWAUUAUAAAUAAUUUAAAACAUCAAGCACAAAAAUUAAAUACUUUGGAUAGGUACUGCACGUUGCUUUUCGAUGAAAUGGCAUUAGAUGCAACCUUAACCUAUGAUAAAAAAAGUGACUCUAUUUUUGGUUUUGAAGAAAAAAAUCUAAAAUUUGCCAACCAUGUACUUGUGUUUAUGUUAAGAGGUCUACGGAAAAAAUUUAAACAACCAAUUGCAUACUACUUUUGUUCUGGUACUACAAAAACUGAAGAUCUUGUAUGUUAUAUUAAAGAAAUAAUCUCUGCAGUACAAACCACAGGAUUAAAAAUAAAAGCUACAGUUUGUGACCAAGGAUGUACAAAUCAAGCUGCAAUUAAUAUCCUUAUAAAAGAAAGAAUUCACAGGUGUAAAACUCAAAAUAUUGAAGAUAGAUACAUGGGAUUUUUAAUUAAUGAUGAAGAAAUUGUACCUCUAUAUGAUCCCCCACAUUUKUUGAAAUGUAUGAGAAAUAAUUUAUUGACUAAAAAUUUGAAUUUUAAUUAUAAUGGGAAGAAUCAAACAGCAUCAUGGAGCCAUAUUGAAACUUUGUAUAGAUUAGAUAAACAAAAUGAAAUUUAUGAGUUACGCACUUUGCCAAAAUUAACAGAAUCACAUGUAAWACCAUCUAAAAUAAAAAAAAYGCGUGUAUCAGUUGCGGCACAAGUUUUCAGCCAUCGAGUAGCUUCAACAAUGCAUCUUAUAGCUAAUUAUGAUUCUGAUAGUUCACUAUCCAGCUCAAUGGGGACAUCUAAUUUGUKUCUUUUUAUGGAUAAGGUGUUUGAUUCUACGAAUGGAUCCACAAUUAAUGCAUUAGAUGGCAAACCCCUAAGAUGUGCAGUUAAAAAUGGAUCUUCUCAUAUUCAAUUUUGGAAUGAAGCAAUUAAGGUUUUCAAAACAAUGGUUUUUGUGAGUAAAGUAGAUGGCUCAGCUGUAAGACAACCAAUAUGUGUAAAAAAUUAUAUAAAAACAUUAGAAUCUUUUAAAUACUUGUGGUUAAAAUUAAAAUCCGAAGGUUUUAAGUUUCUAAUAUUAAGGAAUAUUAAUCAAGAUUCUUUGGAAUGUUUCUUUGGAUCUAUUAGGAGCCACGGAUCCAGAAAUAAUAUGCCCAAUUGCUAUCAUUUUUCUACAUCAUUUAAAACAUUACUUUUAAAUAAUUUCUCUUCAUUAAAGUCAUUGGGGAAUUGUGAGGUAGAUGAUAGUGUAGGAGCUUUAGACAAUUUAAAACAAUUCUUAUCCGGACAAAAUGAAAUAAUUGGUAAUGAUGUUUCAUUAAAUUUAGGUUUGAAUUCAUUUAAUGUAGAAUUUGUAAAACCCAACAAAUCUACAGUAGGUGAAAUGACAAUUGGCUAUGUAGCUGGCUAUAUAAUUCGAACAUUAAUUAAAUCUACUAAUAAUUGUAAUGUAUGCAAAAAUKAUUGUGUAGAUAUUCWUAAUGUUAAUGGACUAAUUAGU